GCCCCUAAUUUUAUUUAGUAACACAAUUGGUAACACAACAUGAAGAUUCUAAUUCUUUUGAGCCUCGCCUUGGUCGCAGUGUCUGCUGUGCAACCGCGAUACCAAAGGAUCGUGGGUGGCUCGGUGACAACCAUUGGCAAAUACCCAUAUGCCGUCGCGAUGUUGUAUUCGCGAUCCGGCAGUGGUACAUACACCCAGAGCUGUGGUGGAACCAUCAUAAACAACCGAUCUGUGUUAUCCGCUGCCCAUUGCUUCUACGGAGAUACUACUCGGCAAUGGCGUAUGCGAGUUGGUUCAACUAACAGUAACAGUGGUGGUGUAGUCCACAACACCAACGCAAUCAUAAUGCAUCCUCAGUACAAUCACAGGACCACUGACAAUGACGUGGCAAUUGUCCGUUCCAACUCAGCUUUCAACUUCAAUGCCAAUGUGGCUAGAGGAUCUAUUGCCAGCUCCAACUACUAUCUUCCUGACAACGCACCUGUCUGGGCUAUUGGCUGGGGACGGACCGCCUGGAACGGACCCUCAUCAAACCAACUCCGCGAGGUACAAAUGUACACAGUGAAUCUUCAAACUUGCAUCAACCGCUACAGAGAAAUCAACAACUUGGUAAACGCUAACAUGUUGUGUGUUGGUAUCUUGGACGUUGGUGGCCGCGAUCAGUGCGGUGGUGACUCUGGUGGUCCCCUCCUCCAUAACAACGCCGUUGUUGGUAUCUGCUCUUGGGGUCACAGGGAGUGCGCUCACCCAAGAUACCCAGGUGUUAAUGCACGCGUUUCCCGUUACACAAGUUGGAUCCAGUCUAACGCUUAAAUUAAGAACUUUUUAUAUGUCAAAGUAAAUUAUUGACCAUUAUACUAUAUGCUGUAUA